UCAUAUCCGCAGUAAGAAAACAAACCUGAGAGGAUUUUAACUCAUGGAGGAGCAUACUUCUCAAACGCUUGAACAUGCUCACUCUGAGUUUAAAAAGCAGAAUUAUAAACAGGCGGAAGAAUUAUACUCGGAGUUUAUCUCUUCAUGUUUACAGUCCAGGGGAUGUGACGCUAAUCACUUGGCCGCUGCCUUUAACAACCGUGGACAGAUAAAGUACCUCCGAGUGGACUUUCAUGAAGCAGUGGAGGAUUACACUUCAGCGAUACAGUCUGACAGCAGCUUUGAAACGCCUUACUACAACAGAGGACUCAUUCACUAUAGAUUAGGGUUUUUCGAUGACGCCAAGAGUGAUUUCCAGCAAGCUUUAAAGCUCAAUCCAGACUUUGAAGAUGCCAAAGUGAGCCUGCAACAGACACUUCUGGAUCAGCAACAUAAGACCAACAGGGGAUACUGAAACCUCAUGGUUUACCGAGUGCAUACUUCAUAUACCAUGGAAUGUGAAACGAUGACUGUUCUGAUUGUCAACUGACUUUAAGUGCAACAAAUGAACAUGUCAUCAUUGAAUCUGAAGAUAAAAUGUUGUAUUAUUACGUGAAAUAUCAGCGUUAAUAUUAACCUAUAAGUGAGGCACAAACAACUAAACAAUCUGCAAUGACACAAAAAAAAGACUGCAUGAUAAAUUCAAAAUGCAAAAACAUGCACAUAAAGUUUUCACCCCACUGAUCCAGGCAGACAUUUAUCUUGGUCUUUGUUCAACAGAGUGUUGAAAAUUAAUUUUGCGCACUGAGUCAAGACUGCUUCAUUUUGAAAAAUUGUAAUAGCCCCAUAAAUAAAAUAAUGUAAUUGUAUAAGUCUGGGUGUAGACGGCGAGACUGAGCGACCCUGGCAUUGCAGGUAAAAUGAUGAGCUUUGGUUUUACUGUCAGUAAUAAAGACAGUGAGGGAGGUUAGUGGGUAUCAAACAAACUGUAAUCAAGGUUUCACAUACAGGCGUCUCAGCUGUAAAGAGAAAACGUUUUUUAUUGAAGUUGGACAUAUUAAGUGACAUCUUUUCACAAAGUUGUUAAAUUCAUAGGGAAUCAGUGGUACAUGCAAUAACUGAUUUAUGUAGAAAUGCCUGAUAGAGCAGAGACAGCCUGAGUCCAUCACUAUUAUCUUCUUACAUAUUAUUAAACUAAUUAAACCUAUCUCCUCUAAAGGUCUGCUCAGUGAACACAGAACAUGCUACACUUCAUUUUAAGAUAGUCCACCACUAAUAAUGAAGACAAGUCUUUUACUUAUAUAAAAAAUGGAAGGCAGUUAUCUUUUUAUCCCUGGAAACUUGCAUUACAAAUUCUUGCUGAACAAAUCUUUGAUAUUCAUGGAAGGGGGGCUCAACAUUUUUAUUCCAUGUGUUCAGUGGUGUGUCCAGAGACCCCUUGAAAUCCAAUUGGCCACCCAAUCCUAAACUAUGAUUGGCUGUUUGCCUUGUCAGAGGUGGGGUUUCUGUUAAAAUCUACUAUUUGGGAUUAGUUAAAAGGCUGACAGUAGAUUUCUUUAUUAGUGCCCCUCAAAUGUGACUUUGAAAAAAAAAUGUUUUAAGUCCUUAAAGAAUUGAGCUUAGAAGAUUUAUGCCUCUUAAUAUAACCACUGUUUAAUACUUUAAGGAAAGUAGGUUGUGAAGACAGAAAGGGUGAAUAUUAUUUAUUUGUAAAUGCACUGUCCACUGCACAGUUCUGGACACGCCCCUGCAUGUGUUGCACAUUUCAGAUAUUUUCUAAAGUUCUAAAGCAUAUGAUAUAUGAUGAUAUAUGUUCAUAUAAAUCUUAUACUUACUCUAUAUUUAGCAGUGAGCAAAUGAUUAAAAUGAUGGUAUGGACGUCUUGAGUACAAUAUAUUUCUGGUGCCAAAAACAAAUGUAUGCAUGUUUAAAUCAAGUGAACAAUAAUUUUUUUUUAAAGUAAGUGAGUCUUUUUAUCCCUGUUUAAUUGUACACAGUUUUCUUAGAAGCUGCCUGUGAGUGGGUGGAGAGAAACUGAUGUACCUCAGCUGUGCAUUGUCAUUAACCGAUACAUAAAACACCUGGGUGAGACUGAGUUAAGCAGCCAGGGUUGGUUUGUUGCUGGGGGCUUGCUGGACUCCUGUUGUUUUAGUGUUUGACUGUGAUUAGACUGCAACAUGUGGACGCUUGAGAACAUGUUUUUUUGGAACUUGAUGGCCGCCGUAAUCUUCUUGGGGCAAGCAAGGCCAAAAUUAAAGCAAAAUAAUUUGCAGUCAAGCAGUGGAUUAAGGUCAGAUUGUGCAGGGAAUCUCAUGAGGCUCUCCUUGGACAAAGCUCUGGCAGUGGGGAACCAGCUCGAAGUGGAAGCCCUUAAUGGCACCCAGCAAAUUGUGCUGACACCAAGCUUGGCUGCUCAGUGUGGGUACAGCAUGGAGUCUGACCCAUGGGGAAACACCAGGAUCUACACAUCUCUGAUGGCCUGCUAUGUGGACAACAAAGAAGAUACCACGUUCAAUAUGGGCUUAAGACUGCGAAUGUACAGCCAGAGUUCAUCAGAUGUUAUCAGUCAUGAUGUGACGCAGACCUGCAGCUACACUCGCUGGGCCUCCAGAGAGAUUCUGUGUGACAGGAACUACAUGGAAGUGUCGAACUACAUGGCCACACCUGAUGCACAAGCUGAAACUAAGGGGCAAGCUCCGGAAGACAACUCCAAGAUGAUUGCUGUCCCUGAAGCCUCUGGUGCAGCACACGGUAUCUGGAAGAUGACCUUUUACACUCCAGAGCCGGUGUCGAUGGUGCUGAGGGAGGCCGAGCAAGCUGGCUAUGGUGCUAUGAUGACCUCCAACCGUCUGGUCAUGCGCAGCCCAUUCAACACAGCAGAGACUUUCUCAGAGGAUGUGGCUGGAGUCCCUAUGGAAGUGUUCAGAGCGAGUGCGUACUACAAGGGACCACAUGGUCUGAAUGUGGUUAACUUGGCAGCUGCCUGUCCCACAGGUGGUGUCCUUUUCACUGAGGAUGCAAUCUCUUGGCAUGUGCCUCGCCGAGUGACUCCUUUGAUAGACGGUGGCUUUAAAAUCAUAGAAAUGCACAUGGGCAUCAACGGGCAGCGGCUGGAUCACUCUCAGAUGGCCACACAGGGGUACACGCUAACCACCACAGACUUCCACAUUAUCAUCGAGAUCCCAGUGGGCUCGCCUGACGGUUACUAUAAGAGCCAUGCCCCAGAUUACCAAUACCACAUCACGUACUCUGUGGAGCCCAUGCUGGAGAUGCUGUGGCGGGUCGACAACACCCAAGAUGACACUAGAUACAAGGUUUUGUUCCCCAUCACCACCCCUUUGAUGCCCCGACCUCCACACGCUUAUGACACUACUAUCCCAGAGGACCGCAUGUUCAGUGUUCAUGUGGGGACUUUCCUUCAUGAUGUGGAGCUGAGGAACAUCUCAUUUGCCACUGGGGUUCUCACUGUGGAGGAAAUCAAUGCCAGAGGGUUCAGUAUCCAGACGCACGUCUUCCCCAACGGAAACAAGAGCGUCUCUCUGACAGUGCCCUUUAAUGCUGAUGUUGUCCUGAAGCACAACCCUGAGCCCUUGGUUACAUCCUACUUCCUCCCCCUGGUCUUUGGGUUUGUCAUUCUGCCAGAGGAAACUCUAUUUGCCCAUCAAGAGAACCUGCAGGCAUCUCUGCAGGAUGUCGUGCUACCCACUGUCACCGGCACCUGUGACCAGAACCUGUUUUACGUCAGCGUGACAUACGGGAACCAAGGCAACAACUUUCAAACCAUGGUUGGGCCUCGACUGCUAACGCCUGAGAUGGCAGAGAUUUACAACUUCAGAGAGAACAAAACGCACUUCAGCCUCGUGGUGCCGUUCAAUGCAAAAGACACAGCAUUUGAGCUGUUGGCGUCGGAUUCAGUCAGAGCCAGACUCGACAUUCUUCUAUACGAGCCAAUCAACAACUGGGUGCUUGCUGAUCUGUACCUGGCCUGUCACUUCCCCUUAACCACAACCAAGUGCUUCCAAAAUGGCACAAUGAAUGCUCUGGCUGUAAAGGUGGAGUCUGUGCAUAAUCUCAUCCCCGGUCAGCUGACUCUAAGAGAUCCGUCCUGCAAACCUGUGUUCAGCGACGAUCGUUUUGCGCAUUUCUCCUUCAGUGUGGAUUCCUGUGGCACCACCAGAACUUUCUUUGAUAACUACAUGCUGUAUGAAAAUGAAAUUGGCCUGUAUUACAACAAGAAGCGCAGCUACAACAAAAGAGGAGUAGCCAACACCUCACCCAUUGAUCCUGAUUACAAGCAAACAAUUUCCUGCUACUUUGUGGUCAAUAACACACAAAGCGUUUCAUUCGGCUACAAACCCAGAAGCAGUGCGCCCUCAGCAGAGAUUGGCUCAGGACAGCUGAUGGUACAAAUGAGGCUGUCUCAUGAUCCUUCAUACACGCUCUUCUACCACCCUGAAGAUUAUCCAGUGGUCAGACGUCUGAGGCAGCCUCUGUAUUUCGAGGUGGAGUUGAUGCAGUUGACUGAUCCGCAGUUGGAGCUCAUCUUGGAGAACUGUUGGGCGACACUGCACAAGGACAGGACGUCAGUGCCCAGCUGGGACAUCAUUGUGGACAGCUGUGAGAAUCCCGAUGACGGCUAUGUGACCCUCUUCCAUCCUGCAGUAAGGGACUCCAGAGUCACGGUGCCAUCCCACAUCAAGCGCUUCUCUAUAAAGAUGUUCACCUUCACCAGAGAUGAAGAGGUUCUGAAAGACGAGAUUUACGUCCACUGUGAUGCAGUAAUCUGUGACCCAAACAGUCGAGCAGACGGUGUUUGCAGAGGACAGUGUGCGCAAACUCAAGGCACAAGUAACUCCAGACAUCAAGAGAUAAAAGGGGUGAAAAGAGAACAAAGAAGCACAGACUCCAAACACCAAAGGCUUUCCUCUGGACCCAUUCUUCUAUUGUCACCAGACUUGAAACUCUGAAUAAACUUGUGUUCUUAA